AUGGUUAAGAUGUCUUCCCACAAAUAUGCCAACGAUUUUCGCCACCAGACAUACCGAACCAAUCUCGACGAAUUAGCUAAAGCAGCUGACAGUAUUCAAGACCUUCACGUUCAGGCACGUGAUCGUGCAAUGCCAACUUCAAUGCCCAGGCCUACCACCCCACAACAUCCUGAGACAUUCUUACACAACCUUGACAGAAAAUUGAAUUCACCCUGUCGAGAUUCGGUUAAGGAGAGGCCUAAUAGAGGUCAAAUCGCAUCGCAAAAUGCCGGAAAAUGCUCUGACGAAGACAAAGAUAUUUCUGCAGCAAACUGUUUCUUUCCCGAAGCAAAAUACUCUUGUCAAGAUGAAAGUCACAAGAAUGUAUAA